UGUUUCUGAAUAUUGUGACGUAUAUCCGGUCGAUUUSYCCCAAAAUUUCUAGGUGCGAGGCACAGCUGGAGACGCGCGCGGGUCGAAAGUUCCAGGAACGUUGAACCUAUGGAUGAUGAGAACACCGUAAACUUCUAAGAAAUCGUCUUCAAGAAAAAAAACAAAAGAUGUAGAUCGUUGCURUUGUGACGUGUAGGUGCUGAUUUAUUGUUUUUCUUGGAAAUGUUUUAAUGAAAUGGUCUGAAYCAGUGAGUUCAAUGCGAAAUCAACUGGAAGCAUGGCUUCUCUAUUGGCUUCAACCGAAUAAGGAAGUUAUUGUUGAACAAACGCAAGAACCUCUUGAAUUCUGAAAAUGGAUCCACAUUUACGAGCAUGGAURGCRCAGGUGCUUGAGCCAAUUGAGAUAGCCAUGAAAUAYGGGCAAUAUCMAGAAGCCUUAUUYUACAUCCAACAGGCAUUCAGGUCAAUGCCUCAACCACCACCACAGUUGCUAGUGGGGAAUGUUUUGCUGUACUCUGCAGAAUGUAACUGGCAUCUUAAUAACCACAACCGUUGUCUAGAUGAAUUAGUUCAAGCUCAUCAAUUSAUAGCUCCAGCUCCUUCUGAUCGAAAGGAAAGUUUUAAUAARUGGAUCCAUAGAACUGAAAAGCUCUUGGAUCUCAGUUCUCCAUGUGCAAAGGACCUUGCCAASUUUUGUUGGAAUUUUCUUGCAAAAGAUCAAAGAGAACAAGCACAGUGUUCUAUUUUUCUUGGCCUCAUUUGUGGUGCAGAGGAUUUGAUUCAGCAAGCAUAUUCCAUGAAUAGGAAAGUGUUUGAGGAAUAUCUAUCACACUGGAAAGGUUCUGGUAUUAAAGCAAUGCAAAGGAAAGAAUACCCAGUAGCAAAACAGUUACUUCAAAGAGCAUUAAUGCUAAUACAAGUUGAUACAUAUAUUGAAGCACGCAGAUCCAUUCUUAGUCACUUAGCUACAGUUCACUUCCACUUAAGAGAAUAUAAAUUAGCCCUUGAGGCUGGUCAGCUAUUAUCAAACCUGGAAGGUUUUCCAAGUGCUGAUGAGGAUGAAGCCAACAGAUGGAAAGACAGAGGAAAGAAACUUUUCCAGGAAAAGAACUUUGAAUUGACACUUCAGUUCUACACAUUGGCUAUUGAGUUUACACCACAGGGUUCUAAGUUCAAGGAACUACGCUCAACACUUCUAGCUAAUCGUUCUGCAACUUACUGCAAGCUGKGSAAAUUUCGGGAAGCAUUUCAAGAUGCUAAUUUAAGUGUAAAACACAACCCUAUUUGGUCCAAGGGUCACUAUCGGUUAGGGACAAGUUUGGUUGGUCUCAGAAUGUAUGGUGAAGCCUGUGAAGCAUUCUCUAAAGCAUUGCAUUUUGCUGAUGAUCCUAAAGAUAAGAUGGAUGUUCUUCUUCAGAUCAUAAAUUCUGCACUGAAUAUUCCUUCGGGWUUGGAAGGUGUCCAAGUAAAAAUCCCAAUGCCACUAGUGCAGGGCUUAGUCAAUCAUUUUGUAGAAAAGAAAGAUUGGGAGAAACUAGGGUUUCUCUUCUUAGGAGGAAGUGGAAUACCACUGCACAUUCAUGGCCAGGGUGGACUAGCAACAGGAUGUAAUGCUUCUUGUGUUCCAUUAGAGCUUAUUGUUAGUGCGACUAUCAAGAACGUUAACCUCCCAAACUUUGUUGAAGCUUURAUAAAGAAUGGAGCUCCAUUCAAAGGCUCACCUGGUUGUUCUGAAUCACCACUGAAAAUUGCUACUAGAAGGAAAGAUCAGAAACUUCUUGAUGUCUUGCAGAAGUAUGACAAGAGUAAUGCUGUCAACUUGCUUGAAAAAGGAAAAAGUGCAUUUGAUCAGAAAGAUUUCAGAAAAGCCAUUAACUUGUUGAGUACAGCUGUUAAAGGGGAACUGAGUCCAAGCCAGUUUUUACUGGCCUACCAUCUGUUAUCUGAUUCAUAUUAUGAAAUGAAAGACUACCAAAACUGCAUUGACUAUGCCUGGAAAGCAUUCAAAAAUGAUCCUCGGCAAUUCAAGGAAUAUGCUGAAAAGUGGAAGAACCGUGGUAAUGUCUUGCUUGAAUUGAAGCUCUACAAUGUGAUGACUGAAUUCUAUUCAUUAGCCUUACAAUAUGCACCUACUAGUUGCACUGACAUGCGUGCUGCCAUAUACAGCAAUAGAAGCAUGGCUUAYGUCAAUCAACAGAAGAUGAAAGAGGCUAAAGACGAUGCGCAACACUGUAUCAAACUUAAAAAGAYUUGGUUCCGUGGUUAUAGCCGACUAGGUGCUUGUUGGGCAGCAGAAAUGCGAUACGAUGAAGCAAUAAACGAGUAUUGCAAAGGCAUCCAUGCGGUUAAAACAGACAAUGAAAAAUCWAAUCUUUUGACAGAGAUCMUAACUGCAUGUGUGAAACUUCCUGAUGUCAUCAUCACGUUACCAAUAAACAUUCCAACCAAGCUGAUGAACAGUGUUGUCAAACAAGCUGUGAAGGAUAAAGAUGUGAUCAAGCUUAAAAGACUUUUUGUGGAAAAAAGAUACUGUUUACCAGGUUUAAGGGAGCCUCAGUGUCUGGGGAACGCUUGUGAUUCUGUAUCGUGUAUACCAUUGGAGAUGAUCAUAGAGUCCGGAAUAUCUGAGAAAGAUCGACUGAUUGAGGAACUUCUUUUGCGUGGGGCUUCUGCUAAUGGCCUCGGUAGUUCUCGCCAACCACCAGUUUGUCUGGCCUUGAACGAACGUAACUAUAAGACGGCAGUAGCACUGCUACGACAUGGCGCCAACCAUCAGGUUAUACUAAAGAACAGACGAGAACCCUUCGAUCCAAAGGCUCAACAUCUCAUUCAAUGGCUAAACCUAGGUCGUARAGCGUUCAGAAACAAUGAGUUCUCAAGAGCUGAAACGUAUUACUCUCUUGCUUUGGAGUAUCCUGAAGCUGCCAAAGACAAAUCAGCACAAAGCGAGGCAUUGAAAGCUUUGUCAGAUAUAUGUUUUGAACAAAGACAAUAUGAAGAAUGUAUGAUAAAAGGCAAAGAGUGUUUUAAAGUAAAUCCUCAAAAGUCAGAGAGCGAAGCACAGAAAUGGCAAAAGCGCGCUGGUGUUCUAGUUGACAAAGAAAUGUAUCCCAUGGUUCCAAGCUAUCUUACACAUGCCAUGAAUUACGCUCCUCCAAGUAAUGGGCAGUUGCGAUUCGAGUUGCUUUGUUCACGAUCCGAUGCUUACAGAAAGAUCAAAGACUAUCAGCAAGCAAUCGAGGAUGGUAACAAUGCUACCAAGAUAAARCCCGGAGAGAUUCAGGGUUAUAGGUGCCUUAUUCACUGUUACAAGACGCUAGAUCGUCCUAGCAAGACUCUUUUGGCUCUAUGCAACUGUCUUAAGGCUGUUAAUAUCAGUCCAGAUGAAAGGCACACGUAUUUCGUUGAGGCAUUAAACAUUGCAGCUUCCCUACCCGAAGGUACAACUGCCUUGAAAGUGGAGGUGCCACGAGCUACAUUACAGCAUAUACAUGAUGUAGCUGUUCAGUCAGGGAAUUGGGAGCAAGUUCGUCUUCUUUAUUUGGGCGGUGGCGGACCACAGAAUUAUGAAGUACGGAAAGGAGGCUUGGGUACGAAUUGCAUCUGCUCAAAGAACGUUCCCGUGGAAGAUAUGGUGUCAGCAAGUUUUUCGUUAAAGUCUGAAACACUCGCAGCUGUUAUUGACCAUGGUGCAAAUGUUAACGGUCUUAGAGGCAACRCCAAUCCUUUGGAAAUUGCCGCAACUAAAAAGGAUGUUGAAACGAUUAAAGUCUUCGUAGAACGCGGAGCCAACCCCUGCAUUAAGAGUGAAGGUUUACCUUUGUUGCACAAAGAAGUCAAAAAAGCUAUGGAUACAGGAGAUUUGGAAGUGCUUCAAAUGCUUUUAACGUCCCCUCAUCCUGACGUCCAAAAUGUCCAAGAUUCCAAUGGGAAUACCUUGUUUCAUAUCCCUAUGACUGGAAAGAAAAACACUGAGAAGUGCAAAGUCUUGAGAUGUCUCAUUAACGCCAAAAUAAAUCCUGUUCUUCCGAAUAAACAAGGGAAGCAGCCAAUUGACUGCUGUAAUAAGAGAGAUGACCGCAAUAAAAUGCUUAAGAAGUUCAUGAAGGAGUACGUACCAAAGCCAGUAAAGGAGAGUAAACCCGUGAAUGUCCAAAAGGAAAGCAACAAUUAUAGCUGCAAUCCCAUGCAAUCAUUACCUAAAGAUACCUUGGACGAUAGACCAGCGCCUGAAGAAACCUCGGAAAAAAGAGCCCCACAAAAAGAUUCUUGGGAAGAUAAAGCUAUAGAGGACGUUGAGAACAAGACACCAUGCGAAAGGGUGACCGUAGAGGAGCCAAAGAUUCCCAUAUCCAAACGCAAAGUGGAUAUUAUAAAAACGAAAAAGAAAGAAGAUGAACGAAGGUACAUGUUGUAUCUUAUUGAACACUUGGAUAUAGAACUGAUAAAARCCGCUACCAAGGAGGACAGUCAUGUAGAAGACACAGCAGAUAAACUCAACGGUUUCGAAUCAGAACAUGAUCCUGGAGAACACGAUACUCUGGAAGAUGAUAUAGAUGCAUWUGAAGAAGAUGAAGUCCCAACUGCAAAUGGUGCAAAUGGAGAAAUUGAAMCUGGUGAUUUGGCAUCGCCAUUUGAAAACCUUACCUGGGAAGUGGAUUGCACCGAGAACGUGUGGAAGAGCAUGAGAAGCAGAAAGGUACCAGAAAAGACAAAAGAACAAAUUAUUCGUAAAAUUCGUAUGCUGGCAGAAGGACGUUGGGGCAARAAGCUGUGCAAAAGGCUUGAAGGCGAGGCUAAAGAGAAGGGGAUUCUUUUAUAUGAAUCAAGAAUUACCAGGAGUUCUAGAAUAUUAUGGGAGAAGWCGAUUGCCUUUUCUGCAAGAUGCAGUAAUGACCCAAAGCUUCGAUUGUCAGCAGGGGACCAAGGAUUAAUAUAUUCUGACAUAAUUCGUGUUUGGGACAUUGUKCUAGAUCACAAAGAUUUAGAGCAUAGAAUACAAAACAUUGUMAAAUCKCACGAUCGAGGUUCUCAUUGCAUCGUUAAAGCAGAAUUGAAGGGAAUGAAAAAACAGAAUCAAGGUGAAAGCCARUUGUCGCUUCCUUCUUACUAUCAAGAACGGAAGAUUACCCAAGAAAAACAACCAACUGUCCAKGACAAAAAUGGUGAUGUCCGUUUUUUYCCGCCAGCAAGUUCAGAAGACAACGAGUACCAUAUYUUGAAGUUUUAUUCCUUUACAUCGGCUUUGAUCGACACCUUACUAGACAAUGACCAAAAGAGUAAGAUCGACUUUCCAUUCAAAGUGACUGAGCUUGAGCAUGCUAUUAUCAACUUGAAGACAGAUAAACCACGUGCCAUCAUUCUACUUGGACGAAGUGGAACUGGUAAAACAACCUGCUGCCUUUAUCGUCUUUGGACUGAAUUUCAAGUCUACUGGGAGAGAGCAACCAAYGCAGGUCCGCACAUUCCCAAAUUUGUUCCAAGUGAAAUGACAAGGGAUGACGAUGAAGAGGAAGAGGAAGACUGUAAAGAUGAGGCGAGUUGUCCUUCAACCUCUGAUGAUUACCUACAGGGAGAACAUUCCCAUGACCAGUGCAGCUAUUCAUCAGAGCCAUCUGUAUCGAGCCAAGUAGAGUUUGUCUGGAAACCAUGCGAGUCAGAGGAGGUUGAGGAAACUGAAGAAAGCUCACCAGACGAAUACGAGCAUCUUCAUCAAAUGUUCAUCACAAAGAACACCGUCCUUUGUAGUGAGGUUCAGAAAAACUUUAAGGAACUGAAAAAUGCUUUCCCAGAAACCAAGCACUUGGUGAAGACUGACGAUUCUUUACCAAACCACAUUGAUGAAAUAGAUGAAGAGGCAUGGCCAUUGUUCAUCGGAUCCCGUGAUUGGCUGCUUCUGCUUGAUGCGUCGUUACCUGGGACAGCAUUCUUUAAACGUGGAAAGGAUGGAAGCUUGUUGGGAAAGAUUGAAGGUUGGGGCCAAGAAGAUACUCACCUUCAUUUUAUUCCAGACGAAGAURAUGAUGAUGAUGAACUCGAUGACAAAGUGGAACAGGAAGGAGCUAUUCCAGAAAAUGCAGAUCAGCAAUCCUCAAAGUCAGACAAAAAAAGUAGUAACAAGAGAGAAGUAACCUAUGAAGUAUUUAUCAACGAGCUUUGGCCAAAGAUGAAGAAAUCAGUGAAAAAUGACUUUCACCCAACUCUUGUCUGGACAGAAAUCAGAUCAUUUAUCAAAGGAUCUGCCGAGGCGCUGAAAACCAAGAAUGGUUAUCUUUCUUGUGAUGAGUAUGAAGAGCUUGGUCGGAAGAGAGCACCAAACUUUAUGGGGGACAGGUCCACUGUUUAUCAACUGUUUAAAAUCUAUCAAAACAUCAUUCGCAGCUCCAGAAAGAUGUUUGAUGAGGCAGACUUGGUAUACAAUUUGCACCAACGCCUGAUGAAGAAUCAAGACAUUGAAUGGUCUAUUCACAACAUUUACGUAGACGAGACACAAGAYUUCACUCAAGCUGAGUUGCAUCUVCUCAUUCUUUGCUGUCGAUUCCCAAAUCGGAUGUUCUUCACCGGAGAUACCGCACAAAGCAUCAUGAGAGGAAUAGCAUUCCGUUUUGAAGAUCUGAAAACAUUGUUCCAUGUCAUUAAAACGUCUGAUCUUAAGAGAUCUAAACGUGAGCUUGUYAGAGUCCCGCAUCGUCCUUACCAGUUAACUCACAAUUAUCGWUCUCAUGCAGGCAUUUUAAGGCUAGCUUCAAGYAUCGUGAAUCUUCUGCAGGACUACUUCCCUGAAUCGUUUGAUAGGCUUGAAAAGGAUUGUGGUCUGUUUGAAGGUCCGAAACCAGUUCUUCUAGAGUCUUGCAGCGUGACCGACUUGGCAAUGAUUUUGAGAGGRAAUAAAAGACAAGCUUCAAGAAUUGAAUUUGGAGCCCAUCAAGCAGUCCUKGUUGUCUCUGAUGAAGCUCGUGAAAAGAUGCCAGAUGAAUUAAAGUAUGGCUUGGUUCUGACCAUUUAUGAAGCCAAAGGYCUUGAAUUUGAUGAUGUUCUGAUUUACAAUUUCUUCAAGGAUUCUCACGCUAGAAAAGAAUGGAGAGUUGURACAAGYUACAUAGAAAAARGCCGCGCAGAGGCCUGUUCUGCCWCCACUGGACUUGUUCAAAUUCAAGAAGAAGAUCUAAAUCUGAGGUCUAGACCCCUUGAAUUCAAUCCSGAAAAGCACAAAGUCUUGAAUUCAGAGUUGAAGUUCCUUUACACUGCAAUUACCCGUGCAAGAGUGAAUGUAUGGUUCUUUGAUGAAGACGAAGAAAACCGUGCACCAAUGUUUGAGUACUUUCAACGACUUGACCUUGUACGUGCUAUCACAUUAGACGACCGAGAAGAGGGCACAACAGCUUUGUCAUCGAUGUUUGCAGAAGGCUCAACCGUUUCCGAAUGGAGAGACCAAGGACACUUCUUUUAUAACAAAAGCCUAUGGGAUGUAGCUGAAMGAUGCUUUACUUUUGGGAAUGAYGAGAUGAUGGUACGAAGAUGCAAGGCACAGAAACGAGCCCAGGAGGCAUUGCARAACCGAAGCAAUCCUAAACUCAUGAAGGAGAUGUUUUGCACUGCCGCUAAAGAAUUUUUGGACUGUGGUAUGCCAGCAGAAGCUGAGGUGUGCUUGUWUAAUUGUCGUGAGAAAGUGCUWCUUGCAAAUCUGUACAAAAAGAUGCAAMGGUUUGCAGAAGCUUCAAAACUUUUCCGUGCUGAAAAGUGUUAUGACGAAGCCAGUCAGUGUAUGGAAGAAAUAAACAAUUACAAUCAGGCAAUAGAAAUAUUUUGUGAGGGUAAYCUCUACGAGAAAGCGAUUCAAGUACUAGAGCGCUAUAACUCCUUAAAUGUCGAAAGAUCGCUGGAGAAUCAUGGAAUUGUCCCACCCAAACCAAACAGAACCAUUGAGCGCCUUUGCUACAAGCUGGCUGAGACGUACUAUAGUGAAGGCAGCAGACAAGAAAUGGAGGCGGUUUUACAGCGUCUUCCACCAGGAGACCGCAUUUCAUUUUUYAAGAAGCAUAACUGUGUUGAAGAAGCCGCCAGAGCAUUAGUUGAAGAUGAAAAGAAAGAAGAAGCAGCRAGAUUUCUUCAGCUACAUGGUCGCUUCAAAGAGGCGAUGAAAUAUUCAGAGGAUCCUAAAUUCCUUGCAGAUUGCAAUUUGUUUGAAGCUCGAUCAUUGAUCAUUUCAAAGAGAKAUGGAAGAAAGAUUGAUGUUAAAGCGGAAACAGUGGAGGAAUUGCUAGAGGAUGCUCUCAAGUACUACAAGAGGUGUAGUGACAAGAGUGGAGAAGGAGAGRCCAUGCUGCUCCUUGGACUGCAGCGUGACAAUAUCAGUGAUAUACAAGAGUCUGGAAAAGUCUUUUUCAACAAUAAUGAUGUUUGUGGAGAAGCUGAAUGUGUGAAGGAAAUGUUGGAAAGAGAUGCCGACCCAUUUUACUACAGGAUAUUCGUACGAUCCGUCGAAAGGUUCUUGGAAUUGAUAAUAAAUCUGCACAAGCCCCACACUCAACUUCGAGCAGACAAACAAAGGGAGAUUACUCUGUGCGAAAAAUUCUUUGGGCUUUACACAACACCAGACCAAAACGUCCGAAGGUAUUUUACCAGAACAUCUGAACGAUUUCAAGAUUUAUGUGAUAAUGAUGAUUUUAAUCAAGACGUUACAAGCAUACAGAAAGAUGUUAAUGUGAAGAUUGCCUACAAUACCCUUGCCAGCCACCUUAUGAAGAAAGCGAUCGGCCUUGUUCUUAAGACCACAAAAUUUCUUAGUUCUAAGUUAGAAGCUAUUGGACAGCCCUCUGGCCCAGCAGCCUWCAACGGAAGAUUUGAUAUACUGUUCAAUUGGGUUCAUUUGGAUGGAGCAGUAUUGAAGUUUCAGAACCAACUGAAACGAUUGAAAACCCCAAUAUCACAACUGUCAAUCGACCAUCUUUCAGGAAAGGAAAGCAAGUCGUACGUGUCUUGUAAUCUACUCUUUGAGUUUAUUUGGCCAAAAGCGGGACCUGACACUCUCCAACUUACUCAAGAUCAAAUCCAGAARAUCCGGAAACAUCAUGCAGUCAAAUCCAUGUUGAUGUCAUUUUGUGACUCUCUGUGCAAGAAGACAGAAUCCUUCCUAUCUAUUGAUGCUCUUCUUCAAAUUUCUUAUCUCAUGCAGAUCCUGGAUAUGCAUGACUGGAUGAAUCGAUUCCUCAAGGAAAAAGAACAGUCUUUCUUAACACACAUGACAAAAGCAGCAGGAAAAAAGAAAGGACAGCUGAUGCAUGAAAGCGGAAUGCURCAGUCUUCUGACCAAUCAUUUGAGAUCUUUUUCCGUCACUGGGAGAGAGGGAAAAAACAUCUCCACGUAAAUGGAUAUGUUAUUCAAUCCCUACAUGAAAUCUGUAGGCGUUUCCUGACGUACGCUGCCAAGCACCGUUCCUUGACAUACCCUUCCAUUGCCAAUACAGUGAUGAUACUAGAACAUCAACUUACAGUGGCUUUACUGAUGCUUAGCAGGUURAACUCUCGACUAUCGAAUUACUCGUCUUGCAUUCCUGAAAGCUAUCUUUCAAGGCUGAUAUUUGCCGACGGUGUCAACUGCACACACCGAAAGCAUUUGUUCUCAAUUCCAGCAGUUGAUGACUUUGCAAGAUCUCUUAACACUUUCAAAGAAGAGCAAAAAAGUCAAAGAGAUACACUCAGUCUUCUUAAUUACAUUGUCGACUUAAUGUUUGGAGGAAUCAGCAACCGCUUCAAUGUGUAUGCAGAUACAUUUUCCUCGCGAGAAACUGAGCAGUUAGUUAARUCAGGAGUCGCAGAAAGGGUCAUGAUUUUAGCUUUGACGAUGCUGGUGAAUUGUGAAAGGGCCAUUUCUGUAGAAGGCCAGAAAGUCAUUCUUCAGAACGUUUUUUCAGUGAUGCCGCCAGCUUCAUUGCCAGAACACUUGAAAGAUGCCUUCCGGAAGUUGAAUGACGCACGUUCCUUUGGCGAUGUUGUCGAGAUCUUGAAAGCAAUUCUUUCAUCAAGACGUGGAGAGAAAUUCUUCGAUUUUCGAUGGAAGGAAUGUGCUUUAGGAUUAGACCAAUUGCAUAUUGCACAGCCAUGUAACCACACUAUGAUGUUUGCAGUAGAUGUACAAGAAAUCAAGCAUAGUCUCUCUCAAGUUAACAGUACAGAAUCUCGUCUUGAGUCCCCAUCUCAUCAAAGUGUAAAAGAAGCGAAGGAAGAAGAAGAAUUCGAGGUCCAAGAAGAUUUUGACCGUGAAGUUCAGAGUUUUGCUGAUUCUGAAAGGGAAAAGGAACUGCAAGAAGAGCAAGACAAAUUACACGCAGCCAAGACAAUACAGAAAUGGUUCAGAAAAUACCAUCAUCGUAAAUUACUUGCAAUGGAAGUGGAGGAGGGUUUUGAGGGUGAUACAGAAGUUCUGCAGAGCGUUGAUCGYUUAUCGUCUCAAUUCAAGAUUGAUUCUUCUGCGUGCGCAAUAUGUGGUGAAACAUUUACAUCCGAAGAAAGCUCCUUGACACURGAAGAUCAUAUAAAAAGUGACUUGCACACCAAAGCACAACACGAAUUCCAAGAGUACAAAGACUUUUACAAUGAGAGCGUCGAAUCAGUUCUUAACCAGGCAAAGUCUCUACACCAAGAAGUCGACAAAAAUUUGGAUUUGGAUGUAGAUAUGCAAAAACUCGAAGAGAUGUCACAGAAAGCGUGGGAAAUAGCGCAGAAUAUUGAGAAAGACAGAAAAUGGAAAGAUGUGAAAGGUCUGAAACAACUUAUUCAAAAAAUAGAAAGUAAAGUACACGAUAUUCAGAAUAUGACAGCGGAAGUACAAGGACAACCCGAGGAUUAUGGUAAGGAUGAUGGUUAUGACGAUGUGGAAGAUGACGAGAUCGUAACGAAGCCAAUGCCUACAAUAAAAGACCAAAGGAAGGGAAAAGGCGGCAAAUCGAGGAACAAAAAACGUCGCAAGUAGCCAAUACAAAUGAAGAUGUGACUCUGAAAAAGAGUUUAUUUAAUUCAAAUUCGAAAAUCAUAACCUCGACUUACAAGCCUUAGAGGAACGCCCACAAGAAGACUCUGUUCCUGUUCAUAAAAACAUCACCAAUGGCGAAUUUUAGUUAAGAUUUGCUAGACGCCAUUUUGAAGUUAAAUGUAGUUGUUGAGAAAGCAGUCAAAGUUACACGGUUUCAAAAGUUAAUUUAAGUAAGUUUUUUCUGUUUUCUUGAAGUAUUAUGGCUCCUACCUUAGAGCUGAAGAUCGUAAAUUUCAAACACAAAAAUAGUUUCAGUUUGUACAUAGUUUUUAAAACACCAAAAGCUUGACUGGAUAGUCUUGGGAUGAAGUAAAUAAAAUCAAAAAUAUAUUUUA